GGGUGUCGGUUGUGUGCCUUCACUUCCCCUUUGCCUCAUUAUAUAAUAAACCCUCCACUCUUUCAUGCCUCAGAUCAACACAAAGUAGAAGCUCUAAGCUUUUAAUAAGUUAGCUUUCUUUUUUUAUUGGGUGUUCUUGAUUUUUCUUAUCUUGAGGAGCCCCCUGGUGUGGUUCCCAAUGCGGAUUCUUCCCCUCUUUCGAGGAGCACUUCUGUGCUUCUAUGUAUCUUUACUCUUUUACGCAACGUUUUGCUUUGGUGAAGAUGAUAAGAGCAGCGCAGUGGAAGUUGUUGGGAUUGGAGAAUGUGCAGACUGCGCAGCAAGCAACUUUAAGACCAGCCAGGCACUUUCGGGGCUUCGAGUGACAAUCGAUUGCAAGCCAGAGAAUGGGAAGUUCAAAACAAGAGGAACUGGAGAGCUGGACGAAGAAGGAAAGUUCAAAGUAAGCCUUCCUAAUGAUAUUGUAGAAGAAGGAAAAUUAAAGGAAGAAUGCUAUGCUCAACUUCACAGUGCUUCAGCCACACCAUGCCCUACUCACAGUGGUCUAGAGUCUUCCAAGAUUAUCUUUAAGUCCAAAAGCAACGGAAAACAAACAUUUGGGCUUGCAGGGAAACUGAAAGUUUCUCCUGUAACUUGCACUUCAGCUUUCUUGUGGCCUCACUUCAAGCACCCACCACUACCCAAAUUACCACCAAUGCCUAAAUGGAAGCUUCCUCCAUUGAAAAGCUUUGGCCAUGGUCAUCCAUUUCUAUUCCCUCCUAAGGUGUUUCCUCCUCUACCUCCUAAGAUAUUUCAUCCACUCCCACCAAAGGUCUUCCCUCCAAAGCCUCUCCCACCACCAGUACCAGUUUAUAAGCCUCCACCUAAACCACCAGUUUUCGAGCCUCCUCCUGUCCCAAUCUACAAGCCAAAACCACCAGUCUUUAAGCCUCCUCCUGUUCCCAUCUACAAGCCAAAGCCACCAAUCUUCAAGCCUCCUCCUGUUCCUAUCUACAAGCCGAAGCCACCAAUCUUUAAGCAUCCUCCUAUUCCCAUCUACAAGCCAAAACCAAAGCCUCCUCCAGUUCCAAUCUACAAGCCCAAACCACCAGUUUACAAGCCUCCUCCAGUGCCAGUCUACAAGCCUGAACCAAAGCCACCAGUAUACAAGCCUCCUCCAGUGCCAGUCUACAAGCCUGAACCAAAGCCACCAGUAUACGAGCCUCCUCCAGUGCCAGUGUACAAGCCUGAACCAAAGCCACCAAUAUAUAACCCUCCUCCAGUUCCAAUCUACAAGCCAACACCACCAAUAUUUUAUAAGCCACUCCCUCCUAUCCCGAAGAUCCCUCCAUUUUACAAGAAGCCAUGUCCUCCUCUUCCUAAGCUUCCUCCUUUCCCAAAGAUUCCUCCGAAGCCUUUCCACCACCCCAUGUUCGGAAAAUGGCCUCCAUUGCCACCAUCUUCUCCGAUUCAUUAAGCUCCAUUAUUAAUCUACUACUCCUAAAAGGUGGUAUAUAUUUAUGAGCCUCUAGUGUGAACUGUGAACUUUAAUCAGUACCAAAAAUAAAAUCUUCGUUGUAGUGGAAGACAUUUGAGUUAUUGUUAAUUUCGUGCUUUCAGGUCCCUCGACAGUGUGUUCAAUUGGUUUUCCUUACAUUUGUAAAUGUUAAAUCUUUAGUUUAUAUGUCUAUCACUAUCUUUAAUUAA